AUGGCUUCUUCAGUUCCUGGCCCUUAUCCUCUGCCAGAAUCAAGAUACGAUUUGUCGACGUAUUGGGGCAGAGUGCGUCACUGCUCUGAAAUCGCAGACCCUUUUAUGCUUUUAACAACAGAGAAACAACUUCAGGAGGCUCGUAACCUUAUUUCAUCUUAUCGUCGCGGUGAACUGAAAGGCACGAACCCUAAGUUCUGGGAUGCUAAGAAGAAAUUGGACUCGACUGUGCAUCCAGAUACUGGUGAAACCGUUUUAUUACCCUUUCGCAUGUCCUGUUGUGUCUUAUCGAAUCUGGUAGUUACUGCAGGUAUGCUAACACCUGGUUUGGGUACGGCCGGUACGAUCUUCUGGCAAUGGACCAACCAGUCUUUGAACGUUGCAAUCAAUUCGGCCAAUGCCAACAAAUCGCAUCCAAUGUCGACACUUCAACUAGUUGGCAACUAUGCAAUGGCUGUGAGUGCCUCGUGCGGUGUUGCUGUGGGUCUUAACAAAUUAGUGCCUCGUCUACAACAUCUCUCGGCCAAUACUAAGUUGAUCUUGGGCCGCCUAGUCCCAUUUGCCGCUGUUGUGAGCGCAGGUGUCAUCAACGUCUUUUUAAUGAGAGGUGGCGAAAUUCGUAAAGGUAUUGCAGUAUAUGACAAAAAUGGUGAUGAGGUGGGCAAAUCUAAGAAAGCGGCUCUACUGGCUGUUGGUGAAACGGCAUUGAGCAGAGUUAUCAAUGCCACCCCCAUCAUGGUGCUUCCUCCUUUAAUCCUAGUGAGACUUCAAAAGGGUGUUUUGAAGGGCAAAUCACUUGGUAUCCAAACCUUAGCUAAUUUGGGGUUGAUCUUGGGUACAUCUUUGAUCGCGCUUCCAUUUGCAUUAGGAGUUUUCCCUCAAUAUCAAGGAAUUGACGUUCACAAGUUAGAGAAGCAUUUGAUCGAUCAAAAAGAUCAAGAUGAUCAGCCUAUAACGAAGGUCUGGUUCAACAGAGGUAUUUAA